AUGUUUUUAUUGUUUGUAAUACAUGGGAUAAUAGCAAAAACUUUAUUGAAGGAGACUAACUCUUUAUAUGAAGAGUGGAGAUAGAAAGCAUAAGAUUUAGUUACUAGAACACCAAUGGAAAUGAUGAGAUAAACAUUAGGAUUAAGAAGUUUAGAUUAGGAUAAUGAGGAAUAGUUUGAUGUUCCUGUUAUGGAUAUGAAUUUAAAACAUUCUAGAUUAAGUAGAAUGAUGGAAGAAAGUGCAUCAUAGAUUCCUGCUACUCCAGGUUCAAAUAUCACAAUUAAUGAAUAUUAAAGAUAAGGACCAUUAGUUCCAUUAAAAUGUUAUCUUGCACAUCCUAUUCUUAUUAAUGUAACUUAGCAUUAUUGUUUUAAAUAAAGAGUCACAUAUGUUUAAUAUUAAGAAAUAAAGGCUAAUAAUUCAGCUAAUUGUACUAUUCGUUAUAGAUUACAUUAUGGUUGUUUAUGUCCUCCUGAUUUCAGUGGAGAGUAUUGUAAGUUUUGGAAUCCUAUUAUAUGUGAUAUAGAAUAACCAUCUUAAAAUUGUAAACUAUUGGUUGAUGAAAAUUAUUAUAAUAACAAAAUAGAUGGUAAUCCUCCUUGUAAUCAAUUUAGAAGUCAUGAGUUUACUGAGGUAAAUUUAUUCAAUUUAAAUAGAAUGUUAGAACUGUUUGUUAUAACUAUUUUUAAAAUCUAUUGAAUCGUACUGUAUUUCAUCCUGAAGAGAAUUAUACUGUAAUAUGGAGUAAUUAUACAAAAGGAAUUAGUGCAUUAUUACCUUAAUAAUAUAAAUAUUCAGCACCAAUACCAGAAGAUCCUAAUGAUCCUCAAUAAUAUAUUUAAUAUGCAACAGCAUCAGAAGAAGCAGAGAUGGAGUAUUUCAAAUAUGCAUAAAAGGAUUGUAUUGGAGCGGAUACAAAUACUUUAUGUAGUUCAUUCUUAUUUUCUAUACAUCCUUAUGUAAGUUUUAUAAAUUGGACAUAUUUAUCCAAAUCUAAAACAAUUGACAUAAAUUAUAAUUUAUCACUUGAACAAAUGUAAGGCAAUACAAACAUUUAAGUGCCUAUUCAAAUUAAUGAUACUAAACCACUUUUUGGUAGAUAUUCUAUUGAAAUUGGAUUCAAAUUAAAACUAUAUGGAUUUUAUUAAUUCUAUCCAACUGAAAAUAAUGAAACAGAUUUAAAUCGUUCCAAAGAUUAUCUUCCACAUAUGAAACCUAAAAUAUUAUUUUUUGAAGAUUAAUUAUAUGAAGGUAUUAUAAUAAAUUUAUUAAGAACCUACAAAUUCUGAUAGAUCAUUUGGAAGAAGUAGUAGAGUGGGAUUAAUUAUAGCAAUAGCAAUAUUAAUAGCUGCAAUCCUAUUAAUCUACAAAUACAGAAACACUUUAGCUGAAUGUUGUUUCCCUCGUAUCGAUAGAGUUAAUCCAGAACAUUAUAAUCGUUAAAAAGGUUGUUAUGAAAAAUAUUUUGAUUGUUUCAAAUCUAAUUAAUCACUAGAUUAAGUACCUGAAUCAAAUCCUUAACAGUAAAAUUAAAGCAUAGAAUGA